GUCUAAUAGGCAGGGAAGUGUUCGCAGGUGAUAUAAAAAUUCACCCCACAUCUCACGGCUGUGAUGUAAAAAAAAAAUAGAAGCUAAAGAGAAAAAAAAGGAAAGGAAGAGAAGGGAAAAUUUAACCUCUUUUUUUCGAGGUCCCGGAAUCGUUGUCGUACGAAAUAAUAUUCAAGGAUGAACGAUAACGAUCGUCCCCAUAAACGCGCGUUAAAUAAAAUGGAAGAGCAAAAAGAAAAAAAAAAAAAAGAAGACGGAUUUUGGGUGGCGAUCGGCCGUUCUUUGUUUCUCCACUUCUCAACCCUCAGCAUCCUCAGUCGCUGAAAUGGGAAUGGAAAAAUCGCGUCGAUUCGAAGGAAGUUUCAAACCGUUUGGCGGGUGGAUUCGAAUAUCGUUCACUUUUUUUGUUCGAAUUUCAAUUGUUGACGGUGUGGCGCUGCUCGGUGGCGACGCGGGGAAACUAAAUUUUGUUGUUUGGUGCCGGCGCCGCGACGCCUACGCAAGUUUGUAAUUCGGGUUAGCGUUUACGAUCUUCUUCCCCGAUGUCCAGGUCCCACGUCGGGGUCGAGGUUCGGGUCAGGGUUUGAGGUUGGUAAUUCCCGUUUCCCGAUCAAAUAUUUUCCGCGUCGUGUCCACGACAGAGAGGAAGACUGGCGAGGUCGUGCCGCGCGCCGUGGCCGCGUCUCCUACGUUCCAUCCAGUUGUGCAGGUGUGCGGCGUCCGAGGCGAGGCGUGAAAAAUAAAAUGGACGAUUAUUGUGCCGUGAUCACCGUUUCGUAGGUGACGUUAGAAAGACGUAUAGCGUGCAUAGCGCGGAUCCGCCGGCCGACGGUCGUGUCCUCCUCUCCUUGGAAUUCCCUCGGAUAUUCGGAGGCGAACGAAAAUUUCCGCCCGCAACGUCAGGAAUUGUGUGCGAACGUGACGAGUUCAGGUGCGAUUGUGCAACUGGAUCCGACGAAACGGAGAGUAGAACCGGGGGGACAAGUGUCUUGUAAUUAUUUUAACAACGCCGUUGAAAAUGUGCGCUAUCCGAUUUUGUUCCACCCCUCGCGAGUGGGUGUCUGCUCGAUCCGUUUGUUUUUAAAAGUGAAUCCUGGAAGAACAGAGUUAACCUAUGGGAUAAGGAACCCCCAGUUUCAUCGGCGAGUGAAUCUAUCGAUUUAUGUGAAAACGCCUAACGCCUGUAGUCGCCGGAACUAAACGUGUUAUAACCCCCGCCGAUGCUGUAUUUCAAAAAUAAUAAGACUAGAAAAAAACUCAUCGACAAAUUCGUCCAAUUGAUCAAAUUGAAUCGUAAAAAAAUACACACACACACACGCGAAAUACACAUAAUUAAACUGUGAGAAUAAAUAAUUAUCAUUUACGUCUAUGUAACAAGUUAAUUAUAUAUGUGCACAUAUGAUACAUACAUAUAUAAAUCUCAUUUUUAACCCUCCGGAUUAUCAGUGGAGAUCUUUAAACUAAAUAAAUAAAUAAAUGAAUAAGUAUUGAUAAUAAUAAUAACUGAGUAAUUAAUACGAGGAAUUAAGAGCACGAAGUGAAUUACAAACAAAAAAAAAAAGGAGAAUAGCAAAGACUUUGUGUUGGAGAAAAAACUAAAAAGAAGAACAAAGGAAGAAUAAAUAAUAAUCGAUUUGAGAAUCUUUGAAAAGUGAACGAAAAUCGAGCAAUGGAUUAUCAUUAUUCGUUGCUCGGUUCCUCGUGGUGGUCAACGUGGUCAUCGGUAUACCGUAUCGAAUCAUCGGAAAAAUUGCAAAUGGCCGCGGAGGAUACAUUCGAGCUUCACGUAAUACUUUCAGUAUGAGAUGAUGAUUAUAAUGAAUUGGAUAAUUCCGAAAUUAAUAUGUAAAAAGUCGAUGAUCAACCCCGUCUUUGUAACGGGUAUAAGAACACUGCCACGUGGAAGAGAAGAGUCGAGAAGGAGAAGAGGUUACCUCUGGAGGAAGGAAUUUAACUUAGUUUAGGGCAUACAGCGAUGAACGCUGAAGCUGACACGCUGGAACUCGAGGUCUUCGAGGUGAGGGACGCCGUUGUUGGAGAUUGCGGUUCAGAAACAAGGAGAAUAUCCACGAGUAUAAAUAACGCCACGCUCGCGACCCCGGACCCCAUAGACGAAGAAGACGAAGAAGAGGAGGAGGAGGAGGAGGAGGACGACGACGACGACGACGAAGACCAACAGUUUUAUCGGCGUCGCCAUCACCAUCACCACCACCACCACCACCACCACCAUCAUCAUCAUCAGCGCGAGUCCGAUAAGAAGAGGGAGAGGAAACGCAGCCGAAGAUCCAAAGGGAAACAGCAGAAUCCGACGCCUCACAUUAUCGUUAAUUUGCCGUCGUCUUCCGAUGAGGUAGAACAAGUCGCCACCGGUGAAUGUUCUAAAAAAAGAGACAGCUCUAGCAGCUUGGGAGGAACCAGACACAGCUCCUUGAGGGAGUCUCUGUUGACGGUGCUCGGUAAACUCGUGGUAUGGAGGGGAACCAGCAGGUAUCGGCAAACACCGACCUCUUCGACCUUGCCACCGAACACCCCGCCGGCCACGGAAUGCAUCGGGAGGAGUUCCGCGUUUUUUUCCAGCGAGACGGAGAGGCGAAUUCGUGCUAAUGAUCGUGAAUAUAACUCACAGUUUCACUAUGCGAACAACUACAUCAAGACGUCCAAAUACUCGGUCCUGACAUUUCUGCCGCUGAAUUUGUUCGAGCAAUUCCAGCGGCUGGCCAACUUUUACUUUCUUUGCUUGUUGGUGCUUCAAGUAAUUCCUGCUAUAUCUUCGCUUACUCCGAUCACUACAGCCAUACCUUUGAUCGGAGUCUUGAUGCUCACUGCCGUUAAAGAUGCCUACGAUGAUUUUCAACGACACACGAGCGAUUCCCAAGUUAACAAUAGGAGAUCUCAAGCUUUGAGGGGCACGAGCUUACGUGAAGAAAAAUGGGCCCAGGUCCAGGUCGGAGACGUUAUUAGGAUGGAGAACGAUCAAUUUGUAGCUGCGGACGUCCUUCUGCUGUCGACCAGCGAACCCAAUGGCCUGUGUUACAUAGAAACCGCAGAAUUGGAUGGAGAAACGAACCUUAAGUGCCGGCAGUGCUUAAUAGAGACUGCAGAAAUGAUGGACAACAAUGAGUUCAUCGGACAGUUCGACGGUGAAAUUGUUUGCGAAACUCCAAAUAAUCUGCUUAACAAAUUUGAGGGUACGCUUUCGUGGAGAGGAAAGAGAUACGCGUUGGACAACGAUAAAGUAAUCCUGAGAGGUUGCGUUCUGCGUAAUACUCAAUGGUGUUACGGUGUGGUAAUCUUUGCUGGCAAGGAUACAAAGUUAAUGCAGAACUCAGGGAAAACGAAGUUUAAAAGAACAUCUAUAGAUAGACUACUGAAUCUUCUAAUCAUCGGGAUAGUGUUCUUUUUGUUAUCGAUGUGUCUAUUUUGUAUGAUCGGUUGCGGUAUCUGGGAAAGUCUCGUCGGCAGAUAUUUCCAAGUUUAUUUACCCUGGGACUCGCUUGUGCCCAGCGAGCCCAUAGGUGGUGCGACUGUUAUCGCGUUACUAGUGUUUUUCUCGUAUGCAAUUGUUUUGAACACAGUGGUGCCCAUUAGUUUAUACGUGAGUGUCGAAGUGAUCAGGUUCGUUCAAUCGUUCCUAAUUAAUUGGGACGAGGAGAUGUACUAUGAACCUACCAACACCCAUGCUAAAGCGAGGACUACAACGCUCAACGAAGAAUUGGGUCAGAUAGAGUAUAUCUUUUCAGAUAAAACUGGUACGUUGACGCAAAAUAUAAUGACGUUUAACAAGUGUUCCGUCGCUGGAAAAUGUUAUGGAGAUAUCGUAGACGAGACCACUGGAGAAAUCAUCGAAUUCAGCGAAACAGAUAGAGCUGUGCAGACCCCAAGAGUUCAGUGGAAGAAUGGCCAAGAAUUCGUUCGACCAAUUUAUUCGCCUGUUAGUGGCGUGAACGCACGUCUCUUGGAUCAAGCCGACAGAAUAUCCAGCACGACCCCGGAGCCUGUACUCAAUGGUCAACCUAGAACCGCACCUACUACUUCAACAUCGCCGCCACUGGAUUUUUCCUUCAAUGAAAAUUAUGAACCUGAAUUUAAAUUCUACGAUGCAACGUUGCUUGAAGCGGUGCAAAGGAGUAAUCAAGAUGUUCACAGUUUCUUCAGACUGCUCGCUCUCUGUCAUACGGUGAUGCCUGAAGAAAAAAGUGGCAGAUUGGAAUAUCAAGCGCAAUCGCCGGACGAGGCUGCACUCGUUUCGGCAGCCAGAAACUUUGGUUUUGUUUUCAAAGAACGAUCGCCCAACAGUAUUACCAUCGAAGUGAUGGGAAAUCGUGAGGUAUACGAGCUCUUGUGUAUUCUCGAUUUUAACAACGUCAGAAAAAGAAUGUCCGUCAUAUUGCGGAAGGACGGACAACUUAGGUUAUACUGCAAAGGUGCGGACAACGUGAUAUACGAAAGGUUGAAAAAAGGUAGCGAGGAUAUCAAAGCUAAGACACAAGAACACUUAAACAAAUUUGCUGGCGAAGGUUUAAGGACGCUGUGUUUAUCCGUGAGAGAUCUGGACGAACGAUUUUUCAAUAAUUGGAAACAGAGGCAUCAGGAGGCUGCGCUAAGUCUGGAAAACAGGGAAGAUAAAUUAGACGCUAUCUACGAAGAGAUCGAAAAAGGUAUGACCUUGUUAGGAGUCACAGCUAUCGAGGACAAACUUCAAGAUGGAGUUCCGCAGACUAUCGCUAACCUUGCAUUGGCAGGGAUAAAAAUAUGGGUUCUAACCGGAGACAAACAAGAGACUGCGAUCAAUAUUGGUUAUUCUUGUCAGUUAUUGACCGAUGAAUUGACCGACGUAUUUAUAGUAGACGCCUCUACCUUUGACGGGGUUGAAUCGCAGCUGAUGAGAUUUCAGGAGGCAAUUAAAACGGCGUCCAAUCAACCGACCAGACCCGCGCUCUCCAUUGUCACAUUCAGGUGGGACAAGGAAAGCAGUGAAACGGAAUACAACCCUAGUCGUGACGAAGAACUUGAACAAAACGAAAGCUCUGGUUUUGCAAUUGUUAUUAAUGGCCACUCAUUGGUUCAUGCUCUACAUCCGCAAUUGGAACAACUGUUUUUGGAUGUUUCGAAACACUGUAAAUCUGUAAUAUGUUGCCGAGUUACACCUCUUCAGAAGGCCAUGGUGGUAGAAUUAAUAAAGAAAAGUAAAAAGGCUGUAACUUUGGCCAUCGGUGACGGAGCUAAUGACGUAUCGAUGAUAAAGGCUGCACAUAUUGGCGUUGGAAUUAGUGGGCAAGAAGGAAUGCAGGCUGUUUUAGCCUCGGAUUAUUCCAUCGGACAAUUUCGCUUCCUAGAAAGGCUGUUACUCGUACACGGAAGGUGGUCGUAUUACAGAAUGUGCAAGUUCCUUAGGUACUUUUUUUACAAGAAUUUUGCCUUUACUCUGUGCCACAUUUGGUUCGCUUUCUUCUGUGGCUUCAGUGCUCAGACAGUUUUUGACCCAAUGUACAUUUCUGUCUAUAAUCUAUUUUACACAUCGUUGCCUGUACUGGCUAUCGGAAUAUUUGACCAAGAUGUUAACGAUAAAAACAGUUUGUUAUAUCCAAAAUUGUAUACUCCUGGGCAUCAAAAUUUACUAUUCAACAAGAAAGAAUUUUGUUGGAGUGCGCUACACGGGUUCUUCGCAAGCUGUGUUUUAUUUUUAGUCCCAUAUGGAACGUACAAGGAUGGAGUAUCGCCCAAGGGAUACGUACUGUCCGAUCACAUGCUGCUGGGCAGCGUGGUAGCAACAAUAUUAGUGAUAGUCGUUACAGUUCAAAUAGCUCUCGACACAUCGUAUUGGACAGUUUUUAACUACGUAAUGGUUUGGGGCUCUCUAAUUUGGUAUUUCAUACUGGAUUAUUUUUACAACUUCGUUGUCGGCGGGAGUUACGUCGGCAGUCUGACCAUGGCCAUGUCGGAGGCGACUUUUUGGUUCACGACGUUCAUAACCUGUAUAAUUCUGGUGAUACCGGUUCUGUCGUGGAGGUUCUUUUUCAUAGACGUAAGACCAACGCUGUCCGAUAGGGUUAGACUUAAGCAAAGACUGGCCCAAUUACGGUCUCGUCAGAGUCAGGAUAUCAUGCGUACGCCGUCUACGCGUCGUACCAGAAGGUCUCUUCGCUCCGGUUACGCGUUUGCCCACCAAGAGGGCUUCGGCCGACUGAUAACGUCUGGUAAAAUAAUGCGUAAGUUACCAAAUAGUUCUGAUUUUAGAUUUGCAAUGCCAUUCACAAAUAACGUAUCGAAACAAGUGAACGUCGCGACAACAUCGCCCAAAGAUAAUUCAACCAGAAGUCCCAAUACUCUGGACACGAUUAAUCUGUGAGUCAAAAUCCAUCGUUUCUAAUAAUAUUACAACAAUCAAAUUCAUUUUCGCCAAUAUUUUCUCAUCGAAGCCUAAGAGAUCGAAGAAUUGUACAAUUUUUCACAGAUUAAAAAAAUUUUUAGAACGUUA